AUUACAAAAUGGCCAUCCUAUGAAGAAGUGAAUGAAGAGUUUGCAACCAAAAACUGCAUGAGAAAAGAAAGAAUGCAGCAGAAGGGGCUGUUGCCAAGACCUUACCGAUUCUGCUCUCACUCUCUUGGAACAUUUCCACCACCUUCUGAAGAAGUCCAGCUGGAAGAGAAGGCCAGAAAUCCCAGCUGAGGCUCCAGACAUAUGAAUGAAGCCAUCGUAGGCCAACCAGCCAAGCUGCCAGCUGACCACAGCUACUGAGUGAGUCCAGGCUCAGGUUUGCUGGCUGCUUUGCGUGGCCUCCGAGCCGUGCGGGGCGGGCUUCGGGGAAGCUGAAGUGACGCGGGUGGCUGGAGGCGCGAAGGUGGAUCUGGGCCAGGCGCAGAGCAAAGUGAUUUGCAUGGACUGCCCUGGGGAAGAGUCAGCCCUGCCUGGCACUGAUGGUGAUUUCACUGGGCAGAAUGAUAGAACAGUUCAGGGCAGGAAAGCACUGAAGAUCUCCCCGUCCAGCCGCGUCUUGCGAAGACACAAGAGAGAAUGGGUGGUUCCACCAAUAUCUGUCGCCGAGAAUGGCAAGGGCCCCUUCCCCCAGAGGCUGAAUCAGCUCAAAUCUAAUAAGGACAGAGGCACCAAGAUUUUCUACAGCAUCACAGGGCCUGGAGCAGACAGUCCCCCCGAGGGUGUCUUCGCCAUAGAGAAGGAAACAGGCUGGUUGUUGUUGAAUAAGCCCCUGGACCGGGAGAAGAUUGCGAAGUAUGAGCUCUUUGGCCACGCCGUAUCGGAGAAUGGUGCCUCAGUGGAAGACCCCAUGAACAUUUCCAUCAUUGUCACAGACCAGAAUGACCACAAGCCCAAGUUCACCCAGGAUGUUUUCAGAGGGAGUGUCUUGGAAGGGGUAUUACCUGGCACUUCUGUGAUGCAGGUGACAGCCACAGAUGAGGACGAUGCUGUCAACACGUACAAUGGGGUGGUUGCUUACUCUAUCCAUAGCCAAGAGCCAAAGGAUCCGCAUGACCUCAUGUUCACUGUGCACCGGAGCACGGGCACCAUCAGCGUCAUCUCCAGUGGCCUGGACCGGGAGAGAGUCCCCGAGUACACACUGACCAUCCAGGCGACAGACAUGGACGGGGAUGGUUCUACCACCACUGCAGUGGCCAUAAUCGAAAUCCUCGAUGCCAAUGACAACGCUCCCGUGUUUGAGCCUCAGAAGUACGAGGCCCGGGUACCUGAGAACACGGUGGACCAGGAGGUGCAGAGGCUGACGGUGACUGACCUGGAUGCCCCCAGCUCGCCGGCAUGGUGCGCCACCUACCGCAUCCUGGAAGGUGACGACGGGGGCCAUUUUACCAUCACCACCCACCCCGAGAGCAACCAGGGCAUCCUGACGACCCGAAAGGGCUUAGACUUCGAGGCCAAAAACCAGCACGUCCUGUACAUUGAAGUGACCAACGAGGCCCCCUUUGUGGUGAAGCUCCCAGUGUCCACAGCCACCGUAGUGGUCCGCGUGGUCGACGUGAAUGAAGCACCUGCGUUUGUCCCGCCCUCCAAAGUCAUUGAGGUCCAGGAAGGCAUCUCUGUCGGGGAGCCUGUGUGCACCUACACAGCACAGGAUCCUGACCAGGGGGAUCAGAAGAUCAGCUACCACAUCCUGAGAGAGCCAGCAGGGUGGCUAGCAAUGGACCCAGACAGUGGGCAGGUCACCGCCACAGGGGUCUUAGACCGUGAGGAUGAACAGUUUGUGAAGAACAAUGUCUAUAAAGUUGUGGUCUUGGCCACAGAUGACGGGAACCCUCCCACCACUGGCACCGGGACCCUCCUGCUAACUCUGAUGGACAUCAACGACCACGGCCCCGUCCCCGAGCCCCGUCACAUCACCAUCUGCAACCAAAGCCCGGUGGCCCAAGUGCUGAACAUCACAGACAAGGACCUGUCCCCCCACACCUCCCCUUUCCAGGCCCAGCUCACACACGACUCGGACAUCUACUGGACAGCAGAGGUCAACGAGAAAGGAAACACCGUGGCCUUGUCCUUGAAGAAGUUCCUCAAGCAAGACCUCUAUGAUGUACACCUUUCUCUGACUGACCGUGGCAACAAUGAACAGCUGACGGUGAUCAAGGCCACCGUGUGUGACUGCCACGGCCACGCGAAUACCUGCCCCGACCCUUGGAAGGGUGGCUUCCUCCUCCCAAUCCUGGGGGCUGUCCUGGCUCUCUUGCUCCUCCUGCUGGUGCUCCUCUUAUUGGUGAGGAGGAAGAGGAAGGUGAAGGAGCCCCUUCUGCUCCCAGAAGAUGACACCCGUGACAAUGUCUUCUACUAUGGUGAAGAGGGAGGUGGUGAGGAGGACCAGGACUAUGACAUCACCCAAUUGCACCGGGGUCUGGAGGCCCGUCCUGAGGUGGUUCUCCGCAACGAUGUGGCGCCAACCUUCAUUCCCACACCCAUGUACCGUCCACGUCCAGCCAACCCAGAUGAGAUCGGGAACUUCAUCAUCGAGAACCUGAAGGCGGCCAACACAGACCCCACGGCCCCGCCCUACGACUCCCUGUUGGUGUUCGACUACGAGGGCAGCGGCUCUGACGCCGCCUCCCUGAGCUCCCUCACCUCCUCAGCCUCUGACCAGGACCAAGACUAUGACUAUCUGAACGAGUGGGGCAGCCGCUUCAAGAAGCUGGCGGACAUGUACGGCGGCGGCCAGGACGACUAGGCCGCCUCCCCGCGGGACCAGGGACUCAAGGUUGGGCCGCAGCGGCUUCUCCAAAGGAGCUUCAGUCCUCCUUGGAGCCUGGACUUGGGAGCCUGUCAAGAAGUGGCCUUAGCAACUUGGAGGAGAGAAGCCCUCACGUCUGACGCGAAGGGCUGGUUUCUAAGCCUUUCAGAAUGGAGGGAUUUGGGCAGUUUGAUUUCACCUCUGGAAACCUCUAGACUAGGCCAGGGUUGCCUCCGAGGCCAAAUUUCUGGGAGUCUGUCACCUGCCAUAAAUGUCCGGACUGACUCUGACCAUCCCCCACGCCCCCAAACCUCCAGAGAGA